AUGACAUGGCGAGCCGCUGUUCAAUUGACAACGAGCGGUCGCCCAGACAGUCAAUUGAAGCACACCUCGCAGACGUCUACAUCCCAAAGUACUAUCAAGAGUGACGACAUCACCAUGGCUUACUACGACCCUUCUAUGGCAAAUCCCUCACUUAAGAUACGAAACACUACAUCACUUACUACUCUGUCCAUGUCACGCUAUCAAGCCGCGUUGUCACAACCAGACAGCGCCAAUACCCAGUUAACAAUAGCCACGCAAAUGCAGUCUACCGCUGCAGUGCAAAACCAGGCUCGAGGGCCUCCCGUAUUCCCAAAUAACCUCUUUGUAUCUGAUCAUGACAU